AUGGCAGCCCCCACCGCCUCGCACGGACCCAUCAAGGGGAUCCUGAAAACAAGCUCCACGGCCUCGUCGGUGGCGGCCUCUGUCCAGCAGGCCGGGGGCGCUGUUGCGGAGGUGCAGAGAAAGAAGUCCCAGAAGUGGGACGAGAAGAACAUCCUGGCGACCUACCGGCCAGAGUACAGAGACUACGAUUUCAUGAAGACGAAUGAGCCCAGCACCCCCCAGCUCGGUCUGCUGGAGGACCCAGAAGAUGCAGCGUGUGACUCUGCAACCAAAGAAACCCUGACCCUGGACAAUCUAGCUAAGAAAUUAGCUGCCACUGAUACCUCGGAGCUCAGCUAUCACUUAGGGGAGCCAGAGAGGGAAGGGGCACACACCAGCAAAAUCUUCCUAGACAAACAGGAGAAACACCGGCAGUUCGAAAUGAAAAGGAAGCUUCACUACAACGAAGGACUGAACAUCAAACUGGCCCGACAACUGAUUUCCAGAGAUCUAGAACGUGAGGAGGAGGAGGAUGAAAACAAAGAAAGUCGGCAUGUCACCAGCCAAGACAAGACUACCCUGGGAGAACUGGAAGAAGGCCCCGCCAGCGAUGAACUGCAGACCUAGUCAGGCUACGUGUAAAAAAAAAAACCUUCCAUCGACGCUGCAAUUGUCAGAUCCGAGUCCUCUUACGAUCACUCACUGCUUCUUGUACAGCUCAGGCUUCAAGUACUGAAAUACUUAUCAGUUCAAUUGUACGGCCAUAAUUAAAUGGUAAACUUUAAAAAUAAUAGAUUAACUGGAAAA